CCCGCCCUCCGCCCGCUGGCCCUGCCCCCGCAGAGGGGAGCGAGUGCUCGCCCGCCGGCGGUGGGUUCGGCUGCACGGCGGGGCUGAGGCGGCCGCGGUGGCCCUAGCGCAGGGAGCGGACACUGGGUUUCUGAACCUCGUCGCUGAAGACGACCAGGACUUGAGCAAGCACAGGGUAAAGCAGUGCUGCUUCUUGGAAAAACUGAAAAAGCUCUCUGGACGACGGGGGCCCAGAGCUGAUGGCAGACAAUGUCAGCCACUAACAACAUAGCCCAGGCUCGGAAGCUGGUGGAGCAGCUCCGCAUCGAAGCUGGGAUCGAGCGCAUUAAGGUCUCCAAAGCCUCCUCCGAACUCAUGAGCUACUGUGAGCAGCACGCCCGGAACGACCCCCUGCUGGUGGGAGUCCCCGCCUCGGAGAACCCCUUUAAGGACAAGAAGCCUUGUAUUAUCCUAUAGCUUGGUUGUCUCGCUUGCUCAACUCCUCCACCCCGCUCCCCUUCCCCCAGCCAGGGCGUCAAAUCAAGGAAAACUCUUAAUUCCGAAAGAAAUGCAAACAGUUACCACUGCCCAGAUGGGGUAAAAUUUACCGUCUGGGUUCAAAUGGAUUACCAGACCCAGUAUCGCAGCCCCAUCAGGGGCUGGGCUUCACCGCCACUUCCAACGGGGAAUAGCUGACAUGCCCCAGCGAUGUGGUGACAAUUUCUGAAAACUGAACUGCCAUUUGAGUCGUGGUUGGGGCGGAACUGGGCCGGAGCAGGGAAGGGAAGGAGGUGGGUGAAUCCGCCACUGGCGUGGGCGGCCCAGGCAGGUGGCAAGUCUCACACCUUUGGCUACUGGGAAGGCUUCUGCCAAGUGGAUGAUGCGAUGCUUUUCUGGGGAGGUGGGAGGCUGUUCAGUGGAGUAACAUUGGGUGGGAGUUGGGGGGAGGGACAUAAUGCACCCCUUUUGCGGAAAUUUUUCUCCUUUUCAUUUAAAACCUUGUAAUUCCAUACCACUAAGAUCAGGCGUCAUCGGCUGAAUCUGAGGCAAAGCCGGGUCAUGUAACAAUGCACACGUGGAUGGUAGGGGCCAGGAGGGGAGCUCUGCCUGUGAAACACUGUCCCCCAGGGCCACCCCGCUGCGUGGCUUUCCUGUGGCCUGUGUCACCCUCCAGCCACGCUGCGGCUCCCGCCCACCCCAGAAAGGGAUUUUCAGCCUGUGGCCCUGGUCACUGUGACGUCCAGCUGUGUUUUCUUUAGUUUUAAGCAGGAGACUGGCGCUGGCAGUUAAGAGGCCACGGCCCUGUUUAGCUUCUCAGUGUUUUGUUUUGUUCCACUUUCUGCAUCUCCAUGGCUGUUUUUCCAACAGAAAUGCCACCUGGGGAGACCUGCCCGGGGUGCCUGGUGCUUCCGGGUUUGAAAAGGUGUGGGAUUGUCUGGAAGUCACUGCAGAAGCCGUGGAGAUGGGAGCCUCUGCCCAGACACGGAGAGGCACUCGCCGUGCUCCACUCCCACUCACACCCGACCACCCGGGGUGUUUGUAAAGUGUCCUGGAGUGGCCAGUGAGGAACGGGGCGGAGGGCUUUUUACAAUGGCUGUUUCCUAUGCUGUGAUAUGGACGGUUCAAGGAGCAGGAGGCUGGAGGACUGGCCGAAUGCACACCUGCCCUCCUCAGCUGCCGGGGCCACCUGCAGCCUCCAGGACCCCACGGCCUGAGCUUCAGGGGCCGCCCGCUCCUAUGGCCUGGGAUGUCAGGCUCCCAGGCUGAGCGCGAGGGUCCUAGGCAGCCAGCACAAGGCACGUGGGCUGGCAGGACCCAGAGCCUCUGCUCCUCUCGUGCCCCUGGGCUCAGACCUCGCCUGGCUGCACAGGCUGGUGGGAUGCCCAGCACCCCCAGAGUGCAGACCCAGGGGCCACGCUCCCCUCCCCCAGCACCCAGCUCUCUCCGGCUGGUCCGGGAGCACCUGGGGCCUCAGGGAGCCUGGCUCCCCCGCACCUGCAAUUAGACUGGGAAAAGCCCCCGAGCCCCUGACCCCUACACUGCAGCCUAGGGUGGGGAGGCCCCACCUGCCCACCCCUGGCAGAACAGCAGGAUGGAACAAAGCCUAUUCCAGAAACCCUGGGCACACCCCAGGGGUAGGGGUUGGGGCAGUCACGGCACAGCGGGGCUCAGCCUGAGGGGCAGAGGGGCAGCAAGGGCAGCCUACGAGCCAUCUGCUGACCCGUCACCCUUCGCUCUGGGACAGAAGCCUUAAUCCCUUGAGCCAGAGCUCAGUCCACGCCUGCCCAGCCUUCUUCCCGAGCCCCCACUGACCCAGGCUCCCACCGCCAGGUCCCAAAGAGGACAAGUGGUCCUGAUCUCAUUGGGAGCACCCAGACCCAGACCUGCCUCUCUCUCUGGCCCCUGCCCUGCCAGCACCACCAUGUGUCCCCACCAAGUGACCCUGGAGAAGCCAGCAGAAGGCAAAGCUCAGAACUCCUGGCAGAAGGGGUGGGGGGAACCUGAAUUCAGCAGCCCCAUCGCUGGCUCCAGGCUCAGCCAACCGAUGGCCACACACCCCCUCAAACCCUGAAGCAAAAUCAGACCUGGGCUAGAGCUUCCACCCUCCCCCCUGGUUGAGACCCCAGGGAUUCAGUGGUCUGGGUAAACUGAGGCCCAGAGAGCAUGGGGACCACUGUGCCCCCGCCCCAUGGCCACACCUGCCCAGCUGCCUCCCAGGUACCCACCCACAGCCUCUGAGCCCGGGAGAAGGCGGCAGCAGGAACCCUGCUGUGGACUUCCUUCCAGCAGAGGAAAAAGCGCUUUUCCCCUUUUUUAUUUUUCCUCUUCAACAUCAGAGUCCCUAGGGUAGGCCUGGAGCAUCGGGGCACACAGGACACUGUUCUGCUUGUGCUUUUCUGGCAUGCAUGUUGGCAGGAAAACACGGCUUUCAGGGUGUCUUGGAGACUGUAAGCGCCCCACAAGGCCAGUGCCUCUCAGCCACGUCCUGAGGGAAUUAGGGACACACACACACACACACACACACACACACAAAGGUGGUGCUGGGUAAUGGCUGAGUCUCCUCUCUGGAGCCUGCAGUGGUUCCCUGGGCCUGGCCCAGCCCCCAUUCCAUGCCCCUGCCCCAUCCUCCCCAAAGGCGACCCCUAGGCCCAGAACGAAGUAACUUGGUUGUGACCUCCGCCCCAUGGAAGUGCAGAAGGUGCUUUUUCUUUCUCUGAUGUCCUGGCUGCCUUGUCUGGUAGUCACUGGGCCUCCAGGCAGCUCAUGCAGCUCCAGCCCCCAGGUGGGCAGGAAACAGUCAUUAGACCUCCGCCCUGAGCCUGAGUGAUCAGGGGCAGUUUCGGGGCCAUGGGGAGGCCACCACAGGUCACUUGUCCUUCAAGAGCUUGAGGCUGGGUCCCCUGAAAAGCCAUACAUCGACACCCCGCCCACUUCCCCCCCACCUGCCCCCGUCCCUGGAGACUAUUGCCAAAUGUUGUAAAGACUGGUCAUCAGGUUCUCAGAAGCAAUCUGUGGUUCUAGCAGGUUCUACCCCAUCUGUGUGUGGAUGUCCAGUGGUUUUUAUUUCUGAUUAAAAAAAGAAAAUUCCAGGUGUGCCACACCCACUUUCCUGCAGUGUUUUAAUAUCGUGUGGAAUUGUUACUACCGAGUGAAUUAAUCCACAAUAAAAAGGCUCACUGCUCCUUUC